CUCUUUCAUAAUUACCAGCCUACCGGCGCAAGCGUCAUCCACUCGAAAAUUGGAACGAACGGACACGAUUGGGUAUAUGGUAGACCGUGUUUAUACAUGGCUUGAUGACACUUCUGGAUUCUACGGGUUACUCCUUGAGGAAAUUUCGAGAAGAAGAUACCAAGAACCGGACAAAAAAUCAAUACGCUUUCUCACGACAUGCAAUUGGAAGGCCAGCGGGUGCACGAGUCGAAUAAGAGAAUCAGUUAUCGAAAUACUGGAAUAUAAGGUCAAUUACACUGUGGGGAAGUUACGGCCCAAUCCGUCGAAUAUAAAAGAGGAUCCAUGGCUACAGGAAAAAUAUCAGGAAACUUGGAGGAAGAAACUGCAGCAGAGAAAGGGCGUGGUUCAACCAUAUAAUCGUAACAGCUUCGGGUCAACACGAUAUAAUUUCGAACUGCUCAAUAACACGAAACUGCAUCGAUCGAUAGGCCUGCUGCUGGAAGCCGAGCGCCUAAAGAUAUGGAAGCACACGUUGAAAGCACAGGAUCUUUACAAUUGGAUCAAACAUAGGGCAAACCUGUAUAGAUGGAGUGUGAUCGACACGAAGGGCUAUCCAAAGACCGCAUUCAACCCUUCGAAGUCCACAUCCCAACCUUCGACCAGGUCGAGUAUACUUAAGCCUUCGUGUACGUCUUGGUCAACGCCUAUGAAUACACCCAGAGUCCCGUUCGUCACGGUCACCCACCGGUCCGAUAAACCCUACAAGCUCAAACCCUACAAGCCUGUAAUACCAAUGCCCCCUACGCCGCACGAAUAAUUAGUGUGUGUACUUCUUCUAUAACCAUCACCACUUCGCCGUCACUCAAUAUCAAGGGUGGGUUGGUUGAUAUAAUGCAUUGUUUAACAUUGUAUCUCUCCUGGCCGUAUUCAUGUGCUGUUAGUGUCUAAUUUAUUUGCCAUGCAACCUCUUACAUCUUGAUAGGGUGAGAUACCAAUCUUUCCUACCUAGAUGAUGAUUCCACAAGCCUUCGAUAUGUCCCAUAAUCUCGGGAGUGGGUGGGAGU